AUGGGAGUAGUCCUGCGGAACCUGCAGAAGGUGGUUCCUCUCCGCCGCGCCAGGCUGCGCAGGGACGUGGACACUCUGAGACACAUCCUGGGCAUCCAGAAGUUCGACCUGGGCAUCAUUUGUGUGGACAACCGCAGGAUUCAGCAGAUCAACUAUCUUUACAGGAAGAAAGACGCGCCGACAGACGUCCUGUCCUUCCCUUUUUAUGAGGACCUCAGGCCCGGUAAGCUGCCAUGUCCGCUGCACAGAGAUGAGCUGAACCUGGGAGACAUCUUCCUGGGCGUCGAGUUCGUGAUGAAUCAGUGCCAAAAAGAAUCGCUGGACCUUCACGGUGCUCUUACUGCCGUCACUGCACACGGGAUCUGCCACCUGCUGGGCUACCGGCACGAGACGGAGGAGGAAUGGGCCGAGAUGCUGCAGAGGGAGCGAUACAUCCUGAGCGAAUACAACAGACUGACCGGCCGCCAUCUUGAGCCGCUCAUGAAGGCGUUCAGCCCAGAAACGUGACGGCUGCGGAUCAGCGCCGCCAUGGAUCCGGAGCGCCGGGGAUCCGGAGCGCCGCGGAUCAGCGCCGCCAUGGAUCCGGAGCGCCGGGGAUCCGGAGCGCCGCGGACCUGCAGCGCUGCGGAUCAGCGCCGCCACGGAUCCGGAGCGCCGCGGCGCUGAAUGUUUUGCACCAAUUCAACCACUGCUGAAGUUUGAUGGUUUUUUUGUAGAAACCGACUGGAAGGACAUUUACAGCAGAACAAAAACUGAAAGUUAUUUAAAAAAAGAACUAAUCCA